AUGCCUAAAGUUAAAAGAAGCAGAAAGCCUCCCCCUGAUGGUUGGGAACUCAUCGAACCAACAAUUGAUGAGUUGGAUACAAAAAUGAGAGAAGCCGAAACAGAUCCUCAUGAAGGGAAACGUAAAGUUGAGGCUCUGUGGCCUAUUUUCAGACUCCACCAUCAGAAAUCUCGCUAUAUUUACGAUUUAUUUUAUCGUAGAAAGGCGAUCAGCAAAGAAUUAUACGAGUACUGCUUGAAGGAAAAUAUUGCAGAUAAAAACCUGAUCGCCAAGUGGAAGAAGCAGGGAUAUGAAAACUUGUGCUGUCUGCGUUGCAUUCAAGUUCGGGAUACAAACUUUGGUGCUAACUGUAUUUGUAGGGUGCCCAGAUCAAAGCUGGAAUCGGGCAAAAUUGUGGAGUGUGUUCACUGUGGUUGUCGAGGAUGUUCUGGCUAA